ACAGAAAUGAAACAUAUACAUGCCAAACAGGGCUAAGGGCUCAGACGUCUGUUCCUCCUCCCGAAGCCAAGAGCACAGAAUACAGCCAUAAGUAUGGUUGCUGCUCCUAUAGGAUAUGAGACUCCGACUUUCCCUUCGUUAUAUUGGCCCCUCGGACAAUACUCGGAUGAUUUCCAUUCGUCCUUCUUGUACCACACCAAGGACAUAUGGGAAUUUACAACAGUCUGGACAAUCAUAUUCAUGACUGGUGUGUACACAGCUUCUGCGUGCAUAUUUCUGGUGACACACUACAUUGGAUCAUCUCGACAUCCAACCCUCAAGAACGAGGGAGAUGAGAUCGAAAUGAGAAACCACAAUUUUGCACUCCAUGAAAUGAACUAUAACCACAUUUACCAGACAACUAUGUCCACCUAUCAGCACUACUUUGUGACAUCUCUGUUUACUGGGAAUAGAAAGAUCUUAAUAUACACUGUUUUUGCCUAUAUCCUACUAGGAGCGAUACAAGGGUUUAUUGCCGGUUCGGUUGUUGGGGUGUUGAUAGCAGCCAUAUAUGAUUCCGCACAGUUCAAAGUCACCACCUGGAUACCCUUUGUUUAUUCAUUAAUCAUCACCCUGUACAAUAUUGCCGACUCGUACUCCUUUACGGUCAAAAAUUUAUAGAAGCAGCAUUUUCAAACAACUUUUCUCACGCUUUUGUCUUCAUUUCCCCUUCAAUUCCAUACGCCUAUCAGUAUUUACUUCGACGAUUCGAAGGUUUUCUUCUUCUAUAUGAACCCUAGUUGUUUAAUUUAUACAUACCAAACUAUAUAAACUAAUAAUAAUCUUUUCAU